ACAAAGUUCUCUCUUUCGACGAAUAAUCAAAAUUCAAGAAAAUUACAAUUCGUUUCUAUGGGUUUGGUUCUCCCACUGCUUCCUGCUUGUCUCUGUAAAAGCUUUCCUCCCGCUGAUAACUAAAAGAUUGUGUCGUCUCGUCUCUUACAGAUAACCAGCCAGUUACACCUCCCUCUCACCAUCGGGCCGGGGAGGUAGCAAAGAGAAGACACCAAUAUUGAAGCACUUAAGAUGCUUCAUUAGUUAUCAGAAACUAAAGGAGAAAUUUUGGCCACCGGCUCUGUCUCUCUCCCAGGUCAUCCAAGAAAUGACAACAAUGGCUGCCACAGCAGGAGGAUCAAUUGCAGUGUCCAGCUUUAUUUCAUCUUCUAAUUUUAGCCAAAAAGCAAAACCCACCUCCACACUUUCACUAUCGAUGGUUACUAGUAAAUCCUUAAUAAUUAGCCGCAGAGUUGCCUGUUUUGCCGUUCAAGAAUCAUCCGCUGCGGCUGCUGCAGUUGCUGCUGAAACAAAGGAGAAGGAGGAGGAGAAGCAGGAGGAGGGUACAAAAGAGGCAGCGACGGCUAAAGCAACAACUCCUGCUGCGAAAAAGCCUCCAGCAAAAGCUCCUCCGAAGCCCUUGCCUCAGUUGAUGGAGGAGGAAGUCAUUCCUUCGCUGACAGCAACUUUGGAAGCGCGAGAAGAUAUUACCCAACUCGAGCUAUCUUUUCAGGACAACAAGCUGGAAGGUUCUUUCCUGAAAAAGGGCUUUCCUUAUUCAUUUUGGGCAUUCUUCCCCGAUGGCAAUCUAACAGGCCCCAGAGGUUUUUCCCUUUCCUCGUAUGGUUCAGGAGUAAGCACUGUGGAGCCUUUCCUCGUUGAUGAGAAGAGAAUCACAGCAAAGCACGUUGUGUUCUGGGUUCGAAAGCGUUUGGCUGCUCAAGGAAUCAUCCCUGUGUGGAAAGAAUGACACUCUUCAGGCAAUCAAUUCAAGAAAUGAGCUGGUACUGAUCCAUCCAGCUGACAGCUGUUUCGUACCCAAUUGGUAAAAGACGACGUGUUUCACCACCUUCAAACCAGGGCUUCCCCAUUUAGCUUUUAUAUGUGCGGUACCGCAAACAUUCUUGUAAUGUGGCAUUACAAUUCGAAAAAAUGCUGCCUAUACUUAUCCUUCUUUCAUACUGAAGGGAAAAAAAAAUUAGGAAGCUA